AUGCAUAACCUGUCAAGCAAGCGAAUUAGAAAUGGUGCAUGUUACGAUGUUGACCGAGCUGUUUCAAUUUGGUUUGAUCAAAUGAGAGCAUCGGGUGCAAUCAUUUCAACAAAUAUGAUUUUGGAAAAAUCAAAACAGUUUGCUGUGACAUUGAAUAAGGAUUUUAAUCCCACUACCGGCUGGCUGUGGCGCUGGCAGAAACGUGAGGGAAUAUCCUUGAAAAAAAUUCAUGGAGAAGCUGCAUCUGCCGAUUCGGGAAGUGCAAAUAAUUUCAUCAACACACUUUUCCCGAAUUUGAUUGAAGGUUACAAAUCAUCAGAUAUAUUUGACGCCGACGAGAGUGAUCGUUUAACUUUGCUUUUCAUAUGUAAUGCCACCGGUGAUUAUAAAAAAGCUAAAUUCAUUUCCGAAUGUGACGCAGCACCAUCUGCAAAAAAUGAGCAGGAGGAUAUCACUGAAACCAUCAGUGACUUAUCAGGGGAUGAAUUCGACAACUACAUCCGUUGUGACGAUAAUUUGGUGUGCUGUGGACAACUUACAGAUGAAGAGAUAGUUAAAGAAAUUUCAUUGGAAAAGGAAGAUAAUGAAGACUACUCCGAUAGUGAUGCAGAGGAUGAAAUUCCUGAUGAAAUUCCUAGUCUUUCGAAUGUGCUAAAUUCCCUAACAACCGUCCGAAAGUUUUUAUUGCCUCAAAAUGAGUUCAUACAGGAGCUGGAAAACAUUGAGGAAUAUGUUUAUAAAAACUAUUUGAAAAAAAUUACUCAGUCGAAAAUUACUGAUUAUUUUAAAGAAACUCCUGCCUCAGAAUGA